AAAUUAGGUAAAGGUCAUGGAGAAUCAUUGUUGAAAAAGUGUAUGAACCCUGUAUUAGUCUAGUAGCCACUAGUCAGUUUUUGCACACUGCUUUGGUCUCUCUCAGGAUGAACCGGCGCUGCUGUGCCACGUACGAGAGCGCCUCCCUGCGUAUGUUCAGAUUCGGCCGCACAGACACAAUCAGAUCUGCUUCGAGCGCCUCCGCUGCCUUCGUCAAGGCCUUUGAUGACCUCAGCAAACAGAACACAGAGAAGGUGGACCUAAUGGAGAAAGCUGUUCACGCUCACAGGGCGUACACUAACAUGGCGAUCAGCGGCCAGGCCAUCGACAGACACCUGCUGGGCCUUAAGAUGAUCGCUCUGGAGGAGAAAGUCUCCGUCCCUGAGAUCUACACGGACCCCGCCUACUCCAAAGCCUUAGAGUACAAACUCUCUACAAGUCAGGUAUGGACCAGCGCUGUGUACCGCCACUACAUAACGGCACAUAGAUGUGUUCCUAAGACUUAAAGGAACCCUAUUAUC